ACUCGCAGCAUGGAGUGCGAGUCGGGACAUCGACUCGCAGCCUAUCGCUUCGUCGCCUACUCGGCCGUGGCAUUCUCGGUCGUGGCAGUACUCUCCAUCUGCAUCACUCUGCCUAUGGUCUACAACUACAUACACCAUGUGAAGAGGUCGAUGAACACCGAAAUCAACUUCUGCAGGGGAUCAGUGGGAAAGAUCUACAACGAGGUGACUGCCAUCAACAGCAUGCCGACGUCCAACAGGACAGCUCGUCAAGCGGAACCCAAUCCAUGCGAUGACUGCUGCGCUCCAGGACCCCCUGGACCGCAAGGACCUCCAGGAAGACCAGGCCGACCAGGCCGACCAGGAGCGCCUGGAAUGCCGGGUGCUCCAGGAAGACCACCAGCACGACCUUGCGAACCGAUAUCACCACCACCAUGUAAACCGUGUCCGCCAGGCGAACCAGGUCCACCAGGACCGCAGGGACCACAAGGUCCACCAGGACCACCUGGACCACCAGGUAAAGGCGUGGGGGUUGGCGCAGCAGGACCACCAGGACCAAAAGGCCCGCAAGGACCGCCAGGAAACCAGGGACCGCCAGGCCCACCAGGACCGCCUGGAGAAUCGGCUUCCGGAGAAGUGGUACCUGGUCCACCUGGCCCACCAGGUCCUCCUGGACCACAAGGACCACCUGGACCAGAUGGACAGGCUGGCGGCGGCGGUGGUGCAGGACCUCCUGGACCGAAAGGACCCCCUGGACCCGCAGGUCCACAAGGACCGCCUGGAAAUCCUGGAGCACCUGGGCCACAAGGACCUCCAGGAACACCAGGAGAGCGUGGAAUCUGUCCAAAAUACUGUGCGCUCGACGGUGGAGUGUUCUUCGAAGAUGGAAGUCGCCGACGUCGCUGA